AUGGCUGCUUGCGACGUCCGAUUCAAGCUCAACACUGGUGCUGAGAUCCCUGCCCUGGGUCUGGGCACCUGGCAAUCCGGUCCCGGCGAGGUCGCCAGGGCCGUUGCCCACGCCAUCAAGGUCGGCUACCGUCACAUCGACACUGCUCUGUGCUACGGCAACGAGAACGAGGUCGGCCAGGGGAUCAAGGAGGCUAUUGACUCCGGAAUCGUGAAGCGCGAAGAGCUGUUCGUCACCACCAAGCUGUGGUGCUCCUACCAUGCCCGCGUCGAGGAGGGCCUCGAGACCAGCUUGAAGAACCUCGGACUUGACUAUGUCGACCUUUAUCUGAUGCACUGGCCUUUGGCUAUGAACCCCAAUGGAACCCACCCCAUCUUCCCCAAGCUGCCCGAUGGUUCGCGGGACAUCAUCCACAGCCACUCCCACGUCACCACCUGGAAGAGCAUGGAGAAGCUUGUUGGCAGCGGCAAGGUCAAGGCCAUCGGUGUCUCCAACUACAGUGUCAAAUACCUGGAGGAGCUUCUGCCCCAGGCGACCGUCAUCCCGGCCGCCAACCAGAUCGAGAACCACCCCUCGCUCCCCCAGCAGGAGAUCGUUGACUACUGUAACGCCAAGGGCAUCCACAUCACCGCCUACAGCCCUCUGGGUAGCACGGGCAGCCCCCUGUUCACCGCUGAGCCCAUCGUCGCCGUCGCCAAGAAGCGCGGCGUCACCCCGGCCACCGUCUUGCUCAGCUGGCACAUUGCCCGCGGUUCGUCCGUGCUCGCCAAGUCCGUGACUCCCGCGCGUAUUGAGGCCAACCGCGCCGACCUGAUCCACCUCGACGCUGAGGAUAUGGCUACCAUCAAGCUGUACUCCGAGGGCCUGGCUGCCAACAAAUCCUUCCAGCGCUUCGUCUUCCCUCCGUUCGGUACCACCUUUGGCUUCCCCGAUAAGGAGUAG